CCAACUGCAUUCACCAGCAGCACACACCCCUCAGCACCAGUGAUGCAUCCCCGCGGCAAGAGCACGGACAACUCCUCUUUAGAGUCGUCUCGACUUUAGAAUGGUGCAGAAAUCUCUUAACGGCGGGGUUUACCCAGCUCAAGCCGGAGAGAAGAAGCACAAAGUCGGGUUUGUUGGCUUGGACCCCGGGGCUCCCGAAUCCAGCAGGGAUGGGGCGCUGCUCAUUGCGGGUUCGGAGAGCACUAAGCGCGGCAGCAUCCUCAGCAGACCGCGGUCCAGCAUCUCCGCCGGGAGACCCAGACCGUCGAAGAAAAAUGCCAGCUAUCGGAAACUACAGAGUUUCCUCUAUAAUGCGCUGGAGAGACCACGGGGAUGGGCGUUCAUCUACCACGCUUAUGUCUUCCUCUUGGUCUUCUCCUGUCUUAUACUUUCAGUCUUUGCCACUAUCAAAGAAUUCAAAGACAGCUCGGAGAAUGCUUUGUACAUCUUGGAAAUUGUAACCAUCGUGGUGUUUGGAGUGGAGUACAUUGUGAGGAUAUGGGCUGCUGGCUCCUGCUGUCGGUACAGAGGAUGGAGAGGGAGGCUCAAAUUCGCCAGAAAGCCUUUCUGUGUCAUAGACAUAAUGGUGUUGAUUGCCUCAGUAUCUGUACUGGCAGCUGGGUCUCAGGGGAAUGUUUUUGCCACCUCGGCCAUCAGAAGUUUAAGAUUCCUGCAGAUCUUGCGCAUGCUGCGUAUGGACCGUCGUGGAGGCACCUGGAAGCUGCUUGGAUCUGUAGUUUAUGCCCACAGCAAGGAGCUCAUCACAGCAUGGUAUAUAGGCUUCCUGUGCCUCAUCCUGGCCUCAUUCCUUGUUUAUUCUGUGGAAAAGGAGUCAAAUGAAGAGUUUGAGACCUAUGCUGAUGCCCUCUGGUGGGGACUGAUCACUCUAACCACCAUUGGUUAUGGUGAUAAGGUUCCCCAAACCUGGAAUGGACGCUUGCUGGCAGCUACAUUCAGUAUGAUAGGUGUGGCAUUCUUUGCACUCCCUGCUGGCAUUCUGGGUUCUGGAUUUGCUCUUAAAGUCCAAGAGCAGCACAGGCAGAAACAUUUUGAGAAGAGGCGAAACCCUGCAGCUGGCCUCAUCCAGGCUGCUUGGAGGUUUUAUGCUACCAACCUUUCACGUACAGAUCUGCUGUGCACUUGGGAUUUUUAUGAGCAGACGGUGGCUGUGCCAAUGUAUAGAAUUAUUCCACCUCUGAAUCAGCUGGACCUGCUGAGAAAUCUAAAGGGCAAGUCAUUCAGGAAGGAAUCUCAGACCGAAACCUCUCCCAGUAAUGAACAUGCACACAAAGACAGACUUUGUGGGUGCUGCCCGAGAACUAUUAGUCGGAAGGCCAGUCUAAAGGACAAAGUGUUUCCCAGUCCUUCCAAGACUCCUGUGGCUAAGGGGAAGGCCCCCUCUCCGGGGCAAGAGGAUGGAGCUGAGGCAAGCCCUGGCAAGGUCUCCAAGAGCUGGAGUUUUACUGAGAAGAAUAAAGGCCAGAAGCAUGUCUUCAGAGUCCGAGGCAGCACUUCACGCCAAAACUCAGAGGUGCUGAUUGAAAUGCAGGACGAAGACUUUGGACUGAAGAGUUCUCCAGCAAUUGAAGGUUUAAUAAAAGCAAGCCUCCCAGGAGAAGAAAUUGGUGAUGAUAAGAACUGCAACUGUGAGUUUCUCACCCAAGAAUUACCACCUGGAUUGAAGGUUACGAUUAGGGCAGUCUGUAUCAUGAAGUUCCUGGUGUUAAAGAGGAAGUUUAAAGAGAGCUUGCGGCCUUAUGAUGUCAUGGAUGUGAUCGAACAGUACUCUGCAGGUCAUCUGGAUAUGUUGUCUCGCAUUAAGAAUCUGCAGUCCAGAGUUGACCAGAUAGUUGGUAAAAGUCCAAAAGUAGAAGGAGAGGCUGCAGAGGACCAGAGCAUGAUGGGACGUCUAGUCAAAGUGGAAAAACAGGUGUUCUGCAUGGACAGGAAACUUGAUUUCUUAGUCAAUGUCUAUGUGCAGCGUAUGGGCAUUCCUCAUUCUGAAACAGAGGCCUUUUUUAACUCCAAAGAGCCGUAUCCAGCCCCGCCUUACCACAGCCCAGAGGAGACAAAGGAGAAGGAAGAAGAGGAGAUUAAGGAGGAAAAGAAGAUGAAGACUUGCUCAGCACCUGAUGCCCUGUGCUCUGAUGGCUCACUUGAAAAAAGGGAUCCUUUGCUUGGUCAGUCUGUAGCGAUAUCAGCAAGUACUCCAUCUGGCAGCAACAGCCGUCCUUCUACCUCCUGGAAACACCAGCUGCAGCACCCCCUCAGCCAGCCUGCCUGGGGCAGCAGCAUGGCCAACACCCCUUCACCAGUUGGUGGCAACGGUGACCAUUCUCCCACGCUGUUCCGUCUGCCCCCUCCACCUGCUCAUGUUUACGACCGAUCCACCUCUGGUCAGGGUGGGAGUGGCAGAGAGAGCGGUUCCCACAGCAGGAGACGACACACGAGGCAGAGGUAUCAGCAGGAUGCCACCGCAGUGGAGAGUGACACCUCAAUUUCCAUCCCAUCUGUUGACCAUGAGGAGCUGGAGCGCUCCUUCAGCGGCUUCAGCAUCUCUCAGGCCAAAGAGGACUUCUUUGGGCCAUCUUUCUUUAUAGGCUCAGUAGGAGGAGGAGGAGGAGCAGGGACUGAUACUAAAGCUGGAACUUCACUCUGUGCCAGGGUCAGGCCUUUCAUAGCUGAGGGAGAAUCGGACACAGACUCUGACCUCUAUGCCCCUUCACCUCUGUCCUUCACAGGAGAGGUCUCAUGUGGAGAAAGGGGGUGGUCAGGACUGAAGUAGGUCAGCAAGCAGUGCUCUGUCAGGGCUGGCCAGGCUGGUGGUGAGAGAGAUAGGUGCCAACAUGAGAUGUAUCCUUCAACCUCGAAGCCAAGUGACUAAAUGUUGAUGAUGAUGCUAUGAUUUUAAGUUAUGUGGAUUCAAAUGAAAGUUUCUUCAUUACUGAAUGUUGUGAAAAUAUAACCUCCUAACAACCAAGAGGUCUUCCUUUAUCACAUUUUAAAACAUGUUUGUAAUCAAACAUUUCACAAGCAGUGCUUAUUUAGUUGUUUUAUUUACUGUAAGAUAUUGGAUUAAUAGAAAAAUAAUAGCUGUUUAUGUUUGUUUUUUUAAAAAAAACAAAAACUUAAAGUAAUUUUUUCUGUUGGAGUUUUGGUCACAAAAGAUGGAAUUGAGUGGGUAAUGUAUAGCACUUCUACAUUUAACUAGCACUUUACAUUGAUUUUGAUUUUAAUUUAGCUUUGUUUUGAGUUAUGAGUGACAAAAAAUAGUGGGAGCUUACAACGCAAAAACCUUAAGAUCUUAUCAAGUGGUUAGUGUAAUGUCUUGAUAACCUCUAUACCUUUAAAUGACUUGAGGUGUUACAACGCCAACCCUUAGCCAUGAUAAUCAGUAAGAUUCUUGCAAAGUUAAAAAAAAGUAUGCUUGCUUUCCACAUCCUUAAUUCAGCCUGUUUAUACAGAAAAACUCCCCUCAAGGUAUUACAAGUAUUCCCCCAUUAAAUGAACCAGUGAACCUCUUGCAUGGCAUGUGAAAUGGUUGAUUUAAUCUGACUUUAAACCAAAUAGUGGCGAAAGGUCAGCUCUAAAACUGUGGGGUUAACUUUUUUUAAAGAUUGUUCUGUAAGGACACAGUGUGGUGAAUAAAACAUAAAAAUGUGCAUGCAUGACUGGUUUCAAGCUACAGUGUUUUUAAUGUUUCAAAGAGGCUAUGCUUGAAUUCCAAUCAUGUAAAUGCUGCCUGAGCUUGCUUAUUUAGUGCCUCUUCUUUUUUUUUGGCAGAAAUGUACACUAUUUAUGUACAGUGUUAAAUGCUGCAUACGUAAGGAAACAAUAGGGGGCUGAAUUUGACACUUGCUUACAUAUUUUUUAUUGGUAUUACAUAAAUCUAUUUUUUGAGGUUGGAUUGAGUAAAUUUGGCUCAAAACUCACAGACUUGUGACUCAGAAAUAACGGUGUUUUUCGGACAAUGCAUUAAUAAUUCAUUUAGAAUAUCUGAUGCAAUGUCAGUUGUGCACUGUCAUGCGGAAAUGCAAUAAAAAGCAAGCAAGGCAAUCAAGAA